GGUAAACCUGUGCAAUGUAGCUAACUAGCCAAGUGGUAACUAAAGGAAACGGAACUUUGGCGUAUUGGCUAACUAGCUAGCCAAGUUAACUUUCCAGGAAUCAAGGACUAUUCACUAAGAUAAUUAGAUUAGCUUUGAUGCUAGCACAUUUGUCGAGUUAGUAUUUAGCCUAUGUUCAUGACUGGAUGGUUAAUAAGCGAUAUCUUACGUUUAGCUGUUCGGAAAGAAAAUAAGGGUAUUUUACAUCUUGUUGGUUUAGCUCUGACAUCUAAACUUUUAAGCGGUUUAUUUGGAGCUAAAACCCUUCCCUUUCUCUUGGUUGUAUUCUAGAAACAGUUUCCUACAUCGUAGCACGAUUUGCAUCAUGGUCAAACUUGUUAGGCCAUCUCAAGUUUUUAAGGAUAUUUGUAAUUUCGCUUGUUCUGUUUUCUGCUGGCUCUGUAUUCAGCAAUGUUAAGUGCAAGUAUAUGAAGUAAAGACCAAUUUUUGUCGGUUUAUGUUGCAAUUUUUUCAUAGUGUGGCAUGCCAGUUCCAUAGAACAGACUAUUGUGAGGCUGGAACGUGUCAGUGUUGAAUACACAGCAGAAAAACAAACUUGAUUAUUUAAGUGCCAAAACUUGAAAAAUUCUUAAUAAAAAUAUUUAAAAUGUAAUCUUAAUUCAGUGGAACUUCUUUAAAAAGACACUUUAGGGUGUCAAAAUAAUUGGCUGUUUCUUGCUUAGGCUUAUAUCUGUUCAAAUAUUGUCACUGCUCUCAAUUAUUAUUCAAAAUUGUAAAGUACACAGGGUUUCCAGAUAAAUAGAAUGUUCCAGACAGAGGUGCUUCCUCAGAUGUAUCUGUGAUGGCAAAGCGGAUUGCAGAGAAGGAGCUGACUGACAGAAACUGGGAUCAGGAAGAUGAAGGAGAAGAGGCAGGGACGUUUUCAGUUGCAAGUGAGGAUGUGAUGAAAAACCGGGCCAUCAAGAAAGCCAAGCGCCGAAACAUUGGCACGGAGGGAGAGUGUGGAGGAGCUUUUAAAGGCUUUAAGGGUUUCUCUCUGACCUCGUCAGCUCCGGCAGGCGGGGGAGCCUUUGCCAGCUUUGGGAAUGGCACAGGCUUCAAAGCCCUCUCUGGUCUGACCAAUGGCAGUGUGGCUUCUGUCACCCCGUCUUUUGGAGGUUUUAACUCCCCUGCCAACACCAAGGCCAACACUGGCUCCCUGUCAUUCAAUGGCCCCGCCUCCUCCAAGCCCACAGACAGCACUGACAUCACGUCCAAUGGCUCCACCCCCAACCUGGCCGCAAGCUCUGGCGGCAGCGGCGGCAGUGGCAGUAGCAGCAGCAGCAAGGAGUACAACCGGCAGCUCACGGCUCUCAACUGCUCCGUGCGCGACUGGAUCACCAAGCAUGUCAACGACAACCCUUUGUGCGACCUCAACCCCAUCUUCCGUGACUAUGAGCGGCACCUGGCCAGCAUCGAGCAGAAGUACGGCAGCGGUUCGGCAGCAGCUACAGGCCAGGUGGACACCGGCGCCAAGCAGGACACUGGAGGAGAGGCACAGCCCCAGCUCCAGUCAGGCAGCACCACGGCAACCCCGUCCUUUCCCAGUGGUGCCGGCGUGAUGGAAGCCACGGCCGGAGGCAGCACCGCCUCUGCUUUGUUCUCUUUCACCAAGGACAAGGACAACCCUGCCCCAGAGAAGAGCUCAGCUCCUGCCUCUGCUCCACCUCCCGCUGGGGUUACCUUUAACUUCGGGCAGAAGCUGGACAGCUCCGUGCUGGGCUCCCUCACGUCCGGAGGGGCUUCCGGCUUCUCGUUUUCCUCCUCUUCCUCCUCCUCUUCCUCCAUGUCCCUGUUUGGAGGCACGGCUGGCACAGGCACUCCCGCAGCUGCCUUCUCUUUUACCGCAGCCAAGACGGAGGCAAGCGGCAGCAGCCAGACGGCAGAUGAGAACGGAGCUGAUGAAGAAUCAGACGAGCCACCAGUACCUGUGGUUAAAGAGAUUAAAGAGAAAGAUGCCUUCUACUCUAAAAAGUGCAAGUUGUUCUAUAAAAAGGAUGGCGAGUUUAAAGAGAAAGGAGUUGGUACACUGCAUCUGAAGCUGGUUUCAGAGGGCAAGCUGCAGCUUCUGGUCCGGGCAGACACAAACCUGGGUAACAUCUUGCUGAACAUCAUGGUUCCUUCUUCUAUGCCCUGCACACGAACAGGGAAAAACAACGUAAUGGUGGUCUGUGUGCCAAAUCCCCCUGUGGAUGACAAGAACCCCACUACCCCUGUUCCAAUGCUCAUCCGUGUCAAAACAGCGGAGGACGCCGAUGAACUGCACAAAAUUCUGCAGGAGAAAAAAGCGUGGGGGUGUUAACCAGUACUGCUUCAGUUCUAAGCCUGAGCUGAACUGAUGGACAAGCAGUCUCACAGGGUGUUUCACUGCCCAGGCAGUUGCCAUGGUGUCCACACACAGACAGUGACUCAUGGAGCACACAGAAGAACGGGUGGAAGAGGCACUUCUUGAUUGGCUGGUUUUUAUAUGUCUUUAGUUCUCUUUUAUUCUCUUCUCCUUUUGUUGUCGUUUUUUUGGUUCUCUGUCUGAACGCUAGAUGGCGGUGUUGUCUCAGGGGCCUGGUGUGGAGAGGCACUUAGUUGCAUGUUCUAGGGAAGUCAGGACCUGCUAUGUCAUCAGAAUGGGCUUUUGUCUCACUUCCAGAAUAUCUGUGGGAGCAAUUCAAUAAAUCAGGACAAGCGCAAUAAACAUAAACCAAGAUCAAUUAUGAUCCUCCUUUAACAGAUUUUCUUUUGGUAAAAUGCUAAAGAUAUCCAUUAAUAAUGCAACUUGAGAUGGAUGACCAUGUUCAUUCACAAUAAACAUAAAUUAUGCAAACUAAA